UUUUAGGAGCAACAAUCAUUUAUUAUCAGCUUCUAUCUAUCUGUGAUGUCAAAUACAUGGACUGAUAUGUGAAAAUAUGUAUUGUGUUCUAAUUUUUAUACAUGUCUAAAUCAGACAUAUUUUUCUGUAAUUUUUGAUAAAGUCUCUGAGUGCCGCUGUUGGUUAGUGUGAGGAUAGGCAGCCCUUCAUUUUCGUAAACGAAAUCCUCCUUUCUCUUUUUUUAUAUCGCAGCCAACCCGACAAAGAGAUCCACCCAGCUCAGUGUGCAGCUCAUGAUCUGAGCUUUUUUGGUCGGAUUUUAGCGCGUUUAUCUAAUUCCUUUGGAUAUUUUGAAUGUUUUGCCAUGAUGGCGGGUUUUGGUCGUGUAAAUAAAAGGAACUGGUUUCAGCGGUGGUCCCUGCUUUUCUGCGUCUGUGUCGCACACAUGGCCCACGGUCAGGUCCGUUUUUCAGUUCCUGAGGAAAUGGCGACGGGUUCGGUGCUCGGGAACAUCAUCCAGGAUCUCGGUUUGGACGUGAAGCGACUGAAGUCUGGGCGGGCUCGAAUUUUUACGGAGGACGGCAGUGAGUACAUUGGGCUGAACGCAGACAAAGGGACUUUAGUUGUGGCUAAAAGGAUAGACAGAGAGGAGCUGUGCAAGCAAGUGUCUCCCUGCUCUCUCCAUUUCCAAAUUAUUUUAGAAAACCCCAUGGAACUGCACAGAAUCGACGUGGAGAUCACAGAUAUUAAUGAUAACGCCCCGUUUUUCUCAAAGAAAGAGUACAAUUUCCAGAUUAUAGAAUCCGCCACGCAGGGGGCUCGAUAUUCGCUGGAGAGCGCCAGAGAUCCGGACGUUGCACAAAAUUCCGUUCAGUCGUACAAACUUAAUCCUUCAGAUCAUUUUAAACUGAACGUUUUAUCUCGACCUGAUGGAACGAAAUACAUCGAGAUGGUUCUUCACUCGCCGCUGGACAGAGAGGCUCAAGAGGAGCAUAAAUUAACUCUGACAGCGUUUGACGGCGGAAGUCCUCAGAAGUCAGGCUCUGUUAAAAUAAAUGUGCUCGUGCUGGACGCAAACGACAACGCGCCAGUUUUCAGUCAGUCUGUUUACAGGGUGACAGUUCCUGAGAACGCAGCCCAGCGCWCCGCAGUUUUAACUGUUACUGCCACAGAUAACGACAAAGGCGCAAACCAGGAGGUGACGUAUUCCUUCUCACAGCACACUAACAGCGCGUCGUCUGUUUUUCACAUUGAUGCUCAGACUGGAGAAAURACGGUUACUGGGGAUUUAGAUUAUGAAAAAAUAAAACAUUAUGAAAUAGAUAUUGAAGCUACAGAUAAAGGAGGACUGACAGAUACAAGUAAGGUGCAGAUUGAGGUGACUGAUUUGAAUGAUAAUGCCCCCAUAAUAAGCGUAAUUUCCCUCUCCAACCCAAUUCCUGAAGAUUCUGCUUUAAACACUGUGAUAGCGAUGAUCAACAUCAAAGACUUGGACUCGGGUAAAAACGGACAAGUUCGGACUUUUAUAAACCCAGAUUUGCCUUUCAAAAUAAAAUCCACCUCGUCUAAUUUUUACAGUCUGGUGUCGGACGAUGUUCUGGAUCGUGAAACUGUUUCUGCAUAUAAUAUAACCAUAACAGCUGUGGAUGGAGGCUCGCCGCCCUUUUCUGCGAAUAAAACCAUUCAUUUAAAAGUAUCUGACGUGAACGACAACGCGCCGGAGUUCCCACAAAAUCCCUUCACUUCUUUCGUGCCUGAGAAUAAUUCACCUGGCGUGUCCGUGCUGUCUGUUAAAGCCAGCGACAGGGACCACGGAAACAACGCGCGUGUUUCUUAUUUUCUGGAGGACAACCAGAUAAACGGCAUGCCAGCCUCGGCUUAUUUUUCAGUGAACGCAGAGAGCGGGGAGGUUCUUGCUGUGCGCUCCUUCGACUACGAGCAAACUAAAGAAUUUCAAAUCCGAGUCAAAGCUCAGGAUGGAGGCUCUCCUCCACUCAGCAGCAACGUGACUGUGAAAAUCCUGAUCCAGGACCAGAACGAUAACCCCCCUCAGGUUCUGUACCCGGUCCAGACCGGUGGCUCUGUGGUGGCUGAGAUGGUGCCUCGUUCAGCAGAUAUGGGCUAUCUGGUGACUAAAGUGGUGGCUGUUGAUGUGGACUCUGGAC